UACUGCAGACGUCACCGUGUGUUAGCGAUUUAGUGUCAUCUUGCUUUCGCGCGUGUUGGCUUUAUUAUACCAACAAGUGUAGUUGAUGAUUAUUUGUCAUUAUUCAAAUUUAGUCCAUGAAAAAUGAAAGCAAGAUUUACAACAAUCGAUAUCGUCGCUGCACUUGCGGAAAUCAAUCUUAGAUUGGUCGGAAUGCGAGUGAAUCAAAUUUAUGAUGUAGACCAUAAAACAUAUUUAAUCAGACUUCAUCGUUCUGAAGAAAAAGCCAUGUUGCUGUUUGAGUCAGGCAUUAGAAUUCAUACCACAGAUUUCCAAUGGCCAAAAAAUCCAGCUCCUUCAGGCUUUUCUAUGAAGCUGAGAAAACACUUGAAUAACAAGAGACUUGAAAAGGCACUACAAGUUGGUCAAGACCGAAUUAUAGAUCUUCAGUUUGGAACAGGAGAAGCUGCGUACCAUGUUAUUAUUGAGUUAUAUGAUAGAGGAAACAUUGUUUUGUGUGACUAUGAAUAUGUCAUUUUGAAUAUUCUGAGACCUCGUACAGAAGGUGAAGAUGUAAGAUUUCUUGUGAAAGAGAAAUAUCCCAUGGAAGGUACUGCUGCAGAAGAUUGUAUCACUAAUACAGAGGUGUUACAAAGCUGGUUGGUUUCAGCCAAACCUGGUGACAAUUUGAAAAAAAUUCUUGUUCCAAAGACAUCUUACGGACCGGCUCUAAUAGAACACGUGCUUUUGGAAUUUGGCUUUCCGUCGAAUAGCCGAAUUGGAACGCAGUUCGAUGUUACACGAGACCUUCCUAAGCUGCAUUUGGCGUUAAAGUCUGCUGACACUAUAAUGCAAAAUAUAGGAAACAUUUCCAAGGGGAUCGUUAUUCAGAAGCGUGAAAGCAGGCCAUGCCCUUCAGGAGAAACUCAAGAUUUUUACACUAACCAAGAGUUUCACCCCAUGUUAUACAAGCAGCAUGAAUCACACCCAUUUCUUGAGUUGCCUAGCUUUAAUCAAGCAGUUGAUGAGUUCUUUUCGAAAAUGGAAAGCCAAAAGCUGGAUCUAAAGGCAGUACAACAGGAACGAGAGGCAAUGAAAAAACUUGCAAACAUUCGUCAGGAUCAUGAAAAGCGACUAGCUAAUCUUCAUCAGGUUCAGGAAAUCGAUGAACGCAAAGCAAGAUUAAUAGAGAUGAACCAGCCGUUGAUUGACCACGCGAUUCAGGUUGUUCGAUCUGCAUUGGCCAAUCAGGUACCAUGGAAAGAAAUUGAAGAACUGGUUAGCGAAGCAACUCGUAAAGACGAUCCUGUUGCCAAAAUUAUUAAGAAACUGAAGCUAUCCACGAACCACAUCACUCUUUUGUUGAGCCAUCCGUAUGCAGAAGAAGAUUCCGAUUCUAAUUCUAAUGAAUCGAACAAACCACAACUGGUGGACAUUGAUUUGGAUUUGACAGCUUUUGCUAAUGCUCGCAAAUACUUUGGCGACAAGAAAAAUGCAUCUAAAAAAGAACAAAAGACAAUUGAAUCAUCUCACAAAGCUUUCAAAUCUGCUGAAAAGAAAGCGAAACAAACUUUGAAAGAAUCAGCAACCAUCGCUACUAUUCGAAAGGCUCGCAAAGUUCUUUGGUUUGAAAAAUUUUACUGGUUUAUUAGUUCAGAUAAUUACCUCGUGGUUGGAGGACGCGAUCGUCAGCAAAAUGAACUUUUAGUCAAACGCUACCUGAAAGCCGGAGAUGUUUACGUUCAUGCCGACUUGCACGGAGCAUCGAGUAUCAUUGUCAAAAACUUUUCAUCAUCCAAUCGUAUCCCACCGCGUACUCUGCAAGAAGCAGGACUGAUGGCAGUUGGUUACAGCGCUGCAUGGGAGGCAAAAGUGAUGACUACCGCAUGGUGGGUUGAGAGCACCCAAGUAAGCAAGACUGCUCCCUCGGGAGAAUAUUUAACAACUGGCUCUUUCAUGAUUAGAGGGAAGAAAAAUUUUCUUCCCCCUCUACCUAUUGUUCUCGGAUUCGGACUUCUUUUUCGACUGGAGGAAGGCAGUAUUGGAAGACAUUUGAAUGACCGCAAACCCAAAGCGCUAGAUGACGAAGCACUUGUUCUUGACACGGAAUUAGCGGACGAACAUGUAACUUGCUCAAGUGACAGUGAAAGUGAUCAAGAUGAAAAAAAGGAUUAUGAAAGAUCCGUCGAAGAAGCUCGUGCCCUACUAGGCUUGUCGCACGUUACCAACGAAGAGGAGUUGGCUUUCCCUGAUACCAUUGUCCCCAUGAGCACGGCAUCUUCAGUUAACCAGAAGACAGUGAAAAUUUUAAACGAAGAGGAAUCAUAUACGAUUAUCGGAGAUGUACCAACUGUUAAUAAAGCUCAAUGGGACGGAAAAGGAAAAGAGGAAUCAGGCAAACCAAAUCAGCUCUCAAAGAAAGUAUUAGACUCGGGUGAUCAAGAGAAGGAGGAACAGAAAAGCCAACAGUCUUCCACAAAGCGAGGUCAGAAGGGUAAAAUAAAAAAAAUGAAAGAAAAAUAUAAGGAUCAAGACGAAGACGAACGGCAACUAAAAAUGGAACUUCUGCAGUCUGCGGGUCCGGCAAGAGACAAGGGAAAGAAUAAAAACAAAAAGAAAGGAGGCAAGAACACAGAAGCUAAGAAACAAGUUACGUCCAAAGCUACUGUUACACGCCUGCAAAAAGAAGCAGUUACUGAAGAGGCAUAUCCCGUAACAAGCGAACAACAGACUCAGCAAUCAACUGUGUUGACGGCGGAACAAGUUAAAAAUGAUGAAAAUGCUGAAGGAGAUGUGGUAGAGGAUGAUGUUGAUCAGCCCGCUAUCACAGAUACUGAUAUUUUGAAUGCGUUGACGGGAAUUCCACAUUCAGAGGAUGAAUUGCUUUAUGUCAUCCCAGUUGUUGCACCAUAUUCAACUUUAAUGCCAUACAAGUUCAAAGUAAAAAUUUUACCAGGACAAACUAAACGAGGAAAGGCUUCCAAGACCGCAAUGUCUGUUUUCUUGUUGGAUAAAACUGCGAGUAGCAGAGAGAGAGACCUAAUUAAGAGCUUGAAAGAUCAAGAUGUUGGGCGUAAUUUCCCUGGACGAGUGAAAUUGGCCGUGCCACAAUCUCUAAAACCGAAAAAAUGAAUGGCAUGCAAGCUAGGCGUGUUUACACAGAAUCUAAGUUCCAUAAAAUAAACAUAUGCCAUGCAAUUGA